GGAGCAGGGGUGUUAGCUGAGCCCCAUUCUGGGUCGGGCCCUCCCCCUUUGCAGGGUAGCCGAGGGUCAGAUUUUUGCACCAGGGAGAACUGGCAGGUUCCUGCCUCCUGACGUACCUCACAGCCUGCAGGGAAGUCGAUGGGAUGCUGAGACCUGGGGAACCAAAGGAUGGGAAAGGAGUCAGCACAGUGAAGGACCACCUUUAUCCCUGCCCCACACUUCUCUCUGCCAGCAUUCCUCUCAUAUCUUUCCCAUAUCUUUAGUGCCCUCUUGGUCCCCCUAGCCAAGGUCUCACCUAUCAUAUAUGGAUUUUUUCAUUUCACAGCAGAAAUACUUCCCCUCCAGACCCACCCCUACAUCCCUCAUUUUGUAGCUUGCAGCCUUAUCUCUCAAAUUCUUGUUGGUAACUUCAGGUUCAGCCUGCCUCGUACCUCUGUUCUGUUCAUUCUCACAUCACAGCAAUCUGGUUACACCCUGGCCAGCCCUUAGUCACUCUAGUCAGAGCCAUUCUCUCUGGCUGUCUUUGUUCACUCACGUGUCACAGCAGCCCACACCAACGGGAUGCAGACAGGUACAAUGGAAACAGUCCUUGCGGAGCCAAGACUCACCCAGGGUAAAAUAUUUCCCUUCAUAGUGGCAGGGGGCUAGGGAAGAACAGGAAAUGUUAGUGUGUUGGGGAUUGGUGGUGGCCGACAGAAUCGCUUGUGGUCUGGAAUGGGAGAAAGUAAGUGCAUAUUGCCCCCAUAUUUAGUCUCUCCUGUUUCGAAGCUGGAGGGAGUCUGGGUAUUCUGGUAGAGGAUCAUCUCUAAGCCCCCUCGCCCCAGCUCCCUCUGUCCUUGUCCUUUCCUAAUGCCUCCCCCAGCUUUACCUUGAGCUUGAAAGUAGCACUUGCUGUGGACUCCUGGCUGCUGGAGGAGCAGAGAGAUCACCAAGCAGAUGAUCCCCCAGCUUCCCAGGACCCCCUUCGCCUGUCCAGCCCAGAGCAUCCUUAGGGUCAUUCCUGUAGCACAGCCCUCGCGAUCCCUUCUUGGCCUCUCUUCUGGUCUUGUCUCUGGAUUUUCUUUGUUUUUCUCCUUCGGUCUUAGUUUCUGUCUUUCUCCCCUGGGCUUCUGUCUCACACCAUCUCCGUGCCCUCUGCUCUCACAGGCUUGGGAAUGUUUAUAAAGUGAGGACCCUGGCCCCCUGCUGAGUAGAGCUGGAAAAGCUGUAAUUCUGUUUCCUGAGGUGAGGGCAUGAAAACAAGAGGUCCAGCUUUAACAAGCUGUGAGAGCUGAUUCAUGCCCAGGCACAGCUAGGGGGAGGGAGGUGGCCAUGGAAGGGGCACUGGACUGGGCAUUUCCCCAGCAAGGAGGUGGGAGGGGGGAGGGCCCCCAGGUGGUCCCCACAUCUCUUCCCUGACCUGGAGAGAAGGAAGCAUUCCACCCUGCCCCCAACUCACAUACACACUCCAGGGGUGUGUGUGCUGGGAUCCUUGCCUGGACCGGAGGGAGGCAUUUCCUGGGGAUGGCUAAUCCUGUGCCCCAGCCAAACCAAGGAGCUGCAGUAGGGUGCAACAGCCAGAGGCUCCAGGAGAGUGAACAGGCACCUGGAGCGCAGAAUAUUUCUCUCAGACCCUAUGGCAGAAUCUCCCAGAAGUAUCCUAGAGACAUGGCUGCCCCUCAGAGAUGGGGAGGCAGGUUUCUCUUCCAUAAGCAUCCUGAGGGUGCAUUGUUCAGUACCUCCAAACACACAGUAGAUACACGAUCUUCCCAUAGCUAGGGGUGGUACUUUCAAAGAGGAACGUCUUCAAAUACCCAGGUGAUAUGAGUCACUCAUUUCACAGAGGUAUGCCGCUUUUCUCUUGUACAUUAUGGAAUGAGAAUUGAGGAAUCCUCUGACAUCCUCCUGCAGGUUCUAGAGACCCCCAAGGUGGGUGGUUAAGAGCAUGGGUUAUAGAAUCAGACUAGUUGGAUUCAGAUCCUGAUUCUACUUAAGACUGUGACCUUGGGCAAACUACUUCACCUCUCUAAAACCUGUUUCCUUAUCUUGACAUUGGGAUAGUAAUACUAACUCAUAGGGUUGUUAAGAGGCUUUCAAUGAGGUAAUGCAUGUAAUGGUAUUAGUACUGUCCCUGCCACAUGGCUCCCAGAAAAUAGUAGCUGCUGCGCUGGUGCUAAGAGUUCAGAGAUUAAGGUAUAGCUCUUUGUUUAAAUCCUAUUGAGAAGCUCUGCGUGGCUGAGGGCUUCUGUUAGGGGCUGUGGUCUCCUACCACAGACUUCUGCCCUUUUCGCGGUUGUGUUCCAUGUCACCCUUACCACCUCCAGUUUGAGAAACAGUGUUGCAGAUAAACCCGCUUUUCCUAACUCAGUCCCCUCACUUCUGCCCUGGGAAGAGGUGUCAUUUUCUUGUCCUUCCAGCUAACUUGGGGGCUCCAGCUUUUCAUGUUAGGAUUCUGAUCCAUUGCUGCCCAUCCCCACUCCUGUGAACUCUCAAGUUCUUCUUUCUGACCACUCCAGUGGGGGCCAUCUCUUUGCUACUAAUGGCCCCUCUCUCUCAGUCUGCCACACUCCAAAGACCCAAUCUGAGUUAUUCCCCUCCUACACCAAUCACUUUGACAUUCUAUUUUUCCUUCUGAGUCUCCAGUCCCUUUUCCUGCAAGACUCCCAUUCCCUGUCACCCAGCGGGUCAGAUACGAAUACUUCUGGCUGACCUUGUUAGAGGGCCGCCCUCUUCACCAUUCAGAAACACAACUUCAUCCAUCCACCUCAGAUUCCCUGUCUGUCCUCUUCCAAGUAGAUAGCUUAAGUGGAUGGAGAUGCCAGUUGUACCACAUGUUCACCCUUGUCAGGUCUGAUACCUUUCUAUUUCAGAGGAGUACUGAGAGAAUCAAGACUCAGUGGUUGAAGCAGGGUGCUCUGACGUAGGCCAGACCGCAGUGGGAGGCAUGGCCCUGGACUGCUCUCUUGGCUGGAGGAGAUGGAUGAGAAGGCCUUCUAGCACAAGAGCCCCAAGUCUUGUCAGUGGUCAAUAGCUCUGCUGCUCCCUUUCUGGGGAAGGGGGACAUGCUGACACCCUGGAAGUCCCGACCAGUCUUUUGCUUCUGCAACCUGGAACCAACCCAGUAGGGGGCAGACACGACUGGGAAGCUAGGAAGCUUGAAGGUGGUGAUGAUGCUGGAAGGCAAAGGGGGCCCAAUGGGGAUUGGUGUGUGAGGUAAUGGGGACAGAAGUGAAAGCCGCCUGUAAUGAAGAGAAGGUAGGCUUAUGGGCAGGAGUAGGGGCUUCUGGAAAGAAAGGCUGGGGCUGAGCCAGGAUCCCUCUCUCAGAAGUUGUGGGGCUGUGGGUGUCUGGAAGGUGUUGGUUGAACCCACUUGCAUUCCAGCUGGUGGGUACGCUCAAGUGUGCGUUUCUGUAGCUGCGUGGGGCUGGAGGCCACGCUUGUGGUUGCUCCGUGUGUGUGCGCUUGUCUGUUGGGGAUGUCAGUGUUUAGGGCCCAAUUCUGUGAUUCCUGGGGCAGCGGUGGUUGGGGGUGCCAGUUGCGGGGGGGUGGGGGGAGCGGCCGGGAGGCGUUGGUUGGCGCGCACUGCCUGCGAGCAGGGGGACAGAAAAAACAUCCGCCGGAGGCCCAGCCGGGCAGCGCUCCAGCGGGGCCCGGCAGGUGCGCGCGGAGAGGAAGUGAGCGUAUUCCGGCCGCUGGCCCUCCGGUCACUUUGGCAUCGGAGCACAUCGCGGAGGAUGACUUGGAGGGAGUCUGGAGACAUGGUCUGGAGGUGUGGUCUGGUGUGGAGCAAACCUCAAGGUCCAGAGUUAGCUGUGAAAUCAGUGUCGGGAGCUAGAAUUGGAGUUGUCAUCCCUCUGUGUUAAAGAAGUCCUAAAGCUUCCAUUUCUACUGCACUUGGGCAAGUUGUUGCUGGGGGCUUGCCCUUGGUUUCUGCACCCCAUGGAUUCCAACUACACACUCCUCCAAGCUAAGAAUGAGCAUUAUCGUACCCUGGUGCGUACUGGCCCCUCUGCUCCCAAGCUGGGUGAGUUUGUAGUGACCUUACAUGGGCACUUCAACUGGACGGCCCGUGCUGCCUUGCUGUAUCUGGACGCCCGCACCGAUGACCGGCCUCACUACUUCACCAUCGAGGGCGUCUUUGAAGCCCUGCAGGGCAGCAACCUCAGUGUGCAGCACCAGGUGUAUGCCCGAGAGCCGGGGGGGCCGGAGCAGGCCACCCACUUCAUCCGGGCCAACGGGCGCAUCGUGUAUAUCUGUGGCCCUCUGGAGAUGCUGCAUGAGAUUCUUCUUCAGGCCCAGAGGGAGAACCUGACCAAUGGGGAUUAUGUCUUCUUUUACCUGGAUGUCUUUGGGGAGAGUCUCCGUGCUGGCCCCACACGCUCCACAGGCCGGCCCUGGCAAGACAAUCGCACCCGGGAACAGGCCCAGGCCCUCAGAGAGGCCUUUCAGACAGUAUUGGUGAUCACUUACCGAGAACCCCCAAAUCCCGAGUAUCAGGAAUUCCAGAAUCGUCUGCUGAUAAGAGCCCGGGAAGAUUUUGGUGUGGAGCUGGCCCCCUCCCUGAUGAACCUCAUUGCUGGCUGCUUCUACGAUGGGAUCCUGCUGUACGCUGAGGUCCUGAAUGAGACAAUCCAGGAGGGAGGCACCCGGGAAGAUGGACUUCGAAUUGUGGAGAAGAUGCAGGGACGAAGAUAUCAUGGUGUAACUGGACUGGUUGUUAUGGACAAGAACAAUGACCGAGAGACUGACUUUGUCCUGUGGGCCAUGGGAGACCUGGAUUCUGGGGACUUCCAGCCUGCAGCUCACUACUCAGGAGCUGAGAAGCAGAUUUGGUGGACAGGACGGCCUAUUCCCUGGGUGAAGGGGGCCCCCCCCCUGGAUAAUCCCCCCUGUGCCUUUGACUUGGACGACCCAUCCUGUGAUAAAACUCCACUUUCAACACUGGCGAUUGUGGCUCUGGGCACAGGAAUCACCUUCAUCAUGUUUGGUGUUUCCAGCUUCCUCAUCUUCCGUCCUUACAGAAAGCUGAUGCUGGAGAAGGAGCUGGCUAGCAUGUUGUGGCGCAUUCGCUGGGAAGAACUGCAAUUUGGCAAUUCAGAACGAUAUCAUAAAGGUGCAGGCAGUCGCCUCACACUGUCGCUGCGGGGAUCCAGUUACGGCUCGCUCAUGACAGCCCAUGGGAAAUACCAGAUCUUUGCCAACACCGGUCACUUCAAGGGCAAUGUUGUCGCUAUCAAACAUGUGAAUAAGAAGCGCAUUGAGCUGACCCGGCAGGUCCUGUUUGAGCUCAAACACAUGAGAGAUGUUCAGUUCAACCAUCUCACUCGCUUCAUUGGUGCCUGCAUUGAUCCCCCCAACAUUUGCAUUGUGACCGAGUAUUGUCCUCGGGGGAGUUUACAGGAUAUUCUGGAAAAUGACAGCAUCAACUUGGACUGGAUGUUUCGUUAUUCCCUCAUUAAUGACCUUGUUAAGGGCAUGGCCUUCCUCCAUAACAGCAUUAUUGCAUCCCAUGGGAGUCUCAAGUCCUCCAACUGCGUGGUGGAUAGUCGUUUUGUGCUCAAAAUCACAGACUAUGGCUUGGCCAGCUUCCGCUCAACUGCUGAACCCGAUGACAGCCACGCCCUCUAUGCCAAGAAGCUGUGGACUGCCCCAGAACUGUUGGGCGGGAACCCACUGCCAACCACGGGCAUGCAGAAGGCUGACGUCUAUAGCUUCGGGAUCAUCUUACAGGAGAUAGCACUUCGCAGUGGCCCUUUCUACUUGGAGGGCCUGGACCUCAGCCCCAAAGAGAUUGUCCAGAAGGUCCGAAAUGGUCAGCGGCCAUAUUUCCGGCCAAGCAUUGACCGGACCCAACUAAAUGAAGAGCUGGUCUUGCUGAUGGAGCGAUGUUGGGCCCAGGAACCCGCUGAGCGGCCAGACUUUGGACAAAUUAAGGGCUUCAUUCGCCGCUUUAACAAGGAGGGCGGCACGAGCAUAUUGGACAACCUGCUGUUGCGCAUGGAGCAGUAUGCCAAUAACCUGGAGAAGCUGGUGGAGGAGCGCACACAGGCCUAUCUGGAGGAGAAACGCAAGGCUGAGGCUCUGCUCUACCAAAUUCUACCCCAUUCAGUGGCAGAGCAGUUAAAACGGGGAGAGACUGUACAGGCUGAGGCCUUUGACAGUGUUACCAUCUACUUCAGUGACAUUGUUGGCUUCACAGCUUUGUCAGCAGAGAGCACCCCCAUGCAGGUGGUGACACUUCUUAAUGACCUGUAUACCUGCUUUGAUGCCAUAAUUGACAACUUUGACGUCUACAAGGUAGAAACGAUUGGAGAUGCCUACAUGGUGGUGUCUGGCCUCCCAGGCCGAAACGGUCAGCGCCAUGCCCCGGAAAUUGCUCGUAUGGCCCUAGCAUUACUGGAUGCUGUUUCUUCCUUCCGCAUCCGCCACCGACCCCAUGACCAGCUGAGGCUACGCAUAGGGGUCCACACGGGGCCCGUCUGUGCUGGGGUUGUUGGCCUGAAGAUGCCCCGCUAUUGUCUUUUUGGAGACACGGUGAACACUGCUUCCCGCAUGGAGUCUAACGGUCAAGCCCUGAAGAUCCAUGUCUCCUCUACCACCAAGGAUGCCCUGGAUGAGCUAGGAUGCUUCCAGCUAGAGCUUCGGGGGGAUGUGGAGAUGAAGGGAAAAGGAAAGAUGCGAACUUACUGGCUCCUAGGAGAGCGGAAAGGACCCACUGGACUCCUGUAGAACUUACUUCUUCCCAAGUCAGACCGUCUCCUGCUGCUGGUACCUGGGUGGGCAGUGGUCACCAUCUUUCCACACAUCAGAAAUGGACAUUGUCGUGUAAGAUGGAAACCAACAUGCACAAACCCUGCCUUAUAUGGAAGUUGUUGCUCUUUGCAGCUCAGCCUUGUACAUAUAUACCUGCCUUGCUCUGGCCUGGUUCCUUUCUUCCUUACCUUCUGUAAAUAACUGUAUCUAAACCAGAAUAUUUUGGCCAAAUAUAAAACAACAAAAAAUGUCA